AUGCGCGAUUCAGAGUCAGAAAAUAGCCUAAAUCAUGUCAAGGCCGAUGGUGAGUAUCAUAAUGAGGCUUUACAUGUUUCGAAGAGGCAGAAAAGAGCCAAGUAUGCCUCGAAAGCAUGUGCCGAAUGCAAAAGACGGAAAAUCAAAUGCGAUGGUGAUAUGCCAUGCCGGGCUUGUGUAGCCAAGGGGCACGCGUACGAGUGUCAGCGAACGGGAACCGACAUGCGCGGGAAAUGGAGAGAUACAAAAAGCACAAGUGGCUCGAUUGAUGAUUUCGCGUCACGAUUAAACAGGAUUGAACAGCAUUUGAGUACGAUGAAGAAGCCGGAUUUUCAUCCUAAUGAGACAUGCAAAAGCGCUGGCAGCCAACUGGAUCUACAAGGUGAUUUAGCAGAAUCCGCAGACAAAAAGACACCUGGCUCAGAAUCGUGCUCUCGAUCUGCACAUGUUCCGGCUUUCUCGGGAGAGACCUCCAUCGCACACAACCUGACGGUCGUUGAGAGUCGACUGGAACAGAUGGGUGUCCAAUAUGCGAGGCUUCGAUCCCCAUCUCCCAGCCGCGCAUUUAGGUCUUGCCUGACACCUUCUCCUGAUAACCCACCGGGGAGCCAUACAGAUGUACACACGAGCUUUGUCAAUCGGGUCUUGGAUGCCCGUGGGGUAGUACCCCAGCGAGAGCAAUGGGAUAGGCUUCUGCGUACCUUUUGCGACGAGGGGCACAUUCUUGUGCCGUUUCUUCAUUUGCCUAGCCUUUAUGAAUUGUAUGAGGGGAUGUGGGAAACUUCACUUGGUGGCCGGUCGAGAGACCCUGCUCCCGAUCGAAGUGGCGUUAUCCGUGUUCAAACAGCUCAUAUUUUGUUGUGUCUUGCAAAUGGUAGAUGUGUUGAGUCGUCGCGCAUUGAGAGUGAUGAGGGACGGUAUUCUGCGGGCUGGAGCUUAUACAAGGCAGCCCGCGACUUGUUUGGCGAUCUUCUCGAUGGAUUUAAUCAGUCCGCAGAUCAGAUAUUUGUACUGCAGACGGUCUUGUUAAUGGUUGUUUAUCUUUUCCGCAUCGACGCUCAUGGAUCUGCCGAAAAGGUCCUCGCUCUCUCAAUCUCCCAUGCACAUCACCUGGGUCUUCACAGGAACCGGGUGGUGGAAGGCAUGACUCUAUUUGAUGGUGAAAUGUCUCGUCGCUUAUGGUGGUGUCUAUAUCUGAUGGAUAGAAGACUUGCCAUAGAGACUGGUCGCCCUUUCUUGAUCCAGGAUGUCAAUGUUGACGUGGGCCUCCCUCGAAAUGUGGACGACAAAUUGCUCAAACAGUCUCAAAUAACUACACAGCUAUACAACAGUGAUCAAGCAACUGCUGAAUCUGAGAUGGCCUCAGUGUCAUAUCUUAUUGCCAUGGCCAGUUACUCUAAAGUAAUAGGCAAGGUAUGGGAAGCUCUUUAUGGCGCAGCAAUGUCAGACUCGACCCCAAGUCCUCUUCUCAAUGAGUACUUGGAGCACCUCAUUACUCAAUCACAGAAAGGAAUUCACGAAGAAUUCUCGUUUGACCCGCAUAACCCUGGUAGUGAUGAAACCAGUGGACUACCCUGGUGGCAGAUCAAACAAAAGUUUAUCAUGCGAAUUCGGUGGACGUCUUUGUAUCUCCUUAUUCGAAAACCAAUGAUACAAAACACCGUCGCAUUAAACCAGCCAGUACCGGAAGCCAUCGAAAAUGAAGUAAUCUGCAUGCGCAUGGCCCAGAACAUAUUCGACGACUUUAACAGGAUGCCAGAACAACAUCCUAAAUACACCUUUCCCUUCCUUCACUACCUUACCAAUGCUACUAUCAUUGCCCUGGGGCUGAUCAUCAGGCAGCCUUCAUUCAAGCAGGCUUAUGGUGAACUUACUAUGAAAGCUGCACGUUCACUGUGGGAGCAUUGUCGGAAAACCUGGGUCUCUGGAAGGAUGACGCGGACUGUUUGGAAACUCAAUCAGAUGGCGGAUGCAACGCUCAGUCGUCCAGGUGAUCGACUACAAGAGGGGGCUGGCCAUUCUCUACAAAUACUAGGUGAACCUGUUCCAGAUCGGCAAUCCUGUCCGCCAUCAAUUAUUGUUCCGGGUCCUGCACCCAGCACAUCUAAACCAAAGUUUUCCACUACUGAGCGGGAUCUAUUAAACGGCAAGAAACCCGGCAGUCAGGAUCUCCAAAUAGUUAGUGCGACAUCCAUCCUACAGACGAGUCGCCCAAUGCCUGUUGAUGAACCUAUGAUCAAUCAAAGCACCCGCACUAUCCAAAAUCCGGAGGAAAGGCAUCGUGUCGAAUGCAUACGACGCGAACAGGCUGAGUUAAGGACUAGGAUGCAUGCCGCACCUGAAUCGGGUGUAUUCAAUGGCUCGGGUUCUUUUGAAAUAGCAGAGCCUCGUCCUUGCUCUUUUGAAACUCUUCAGAUGGGUCACAACGAUUUGGAUGUGGAUAUAUCCCUUCCAGGUGAGCUGAUAGAUGGGGGAAUGGAAUGGCUGCAAUCCCUAUUUGUGGAUGGCCUAGGUACCGAUCUUCCUCCGGUAUGGGAUUGA